UCUUUUCGCCAUAGGGCAGCACUGUGCGUCUUUCGCACGCGUAUUUUUGUGCAGAUUUUGUGUGGAAAUUAAUAGUAAUUUGUUGAUAAAAUAGUGAAAAUACAGUUGCAAUCAUGGCACAAUUUGAUCUAACACGCAUCAAUUGUCAAUAUCUGGACAGACAUUUGACUUUCCCACUGCUGGAGUUUUUAUGCGGCAAGGAGAUCUACAAUCAGCAGGAGCUGCUGGAGUAUAUUCUGGAGACGGUGAACAAGACGAACAUGAUUGAUUACACCAUGGACACACGCAAGCGUCUUAAUCUCAGCCAGGAGAUGCCGGAAGAGCUUGUGCAGCGCAAGGCCGAGGUGUUGGCUACAUUGAAGCAGCUGCAAAACGAGGUGGCGCCCAUCAUGAAGGCCACCGACAUUCUGAAGAACGGCGAGAGCAUGAAGGACUCGAAGACUUUUGUGAAUGCUCUGCAGAAGGACUACAAUUUCAAGGUGGAGCACCUGGAGAGUGCCUACAAGCUGGCGAAAUACUUGUAUGAGUGCGGCAACUACCAGGAAUCUACAUCAUACUUGUAUUUCUGCCUUAUUGUCAUGUCGCCAAAUGAUAAGAACUAUCUGAAUGUGUUGUGGGGCAAGUUGGCCGCUGAGAUUCUGACUCUCAACUGGAAUACCGCACUUGAGGAUUUGACGCGUCUGCGUGACUACAUUGAUAGCGCAAAUUUCUCGACCAUUCAAGCGCUGCAGCAGCGCACCUGGUUGAUCCACUGGUCCGUGUUGGUGUUCUUCAAUCAUCCAAAGGGCCGUGACCUCAUCAUUGAGAUGUUCCUGUAUAAGCCACUGUAUCUGAAUGCUAUACAGACGAUGUGCCCACACAUUAUGCGCUACUUGGCCACCGCCGUAGUCAUCAAUCGCACUCGUCGCAAUGCUCUCAAGGAUUUGAUUAAGGUCAUACAGCAGGAGUCGUACACGUAUCGUGAUCCCAUCACCGAGUUCCUCGAGUGCCUCUACGUAAACUUUGACUUUGAAGGCGCACGCCUCAAGUUGCACGAGUGUCAAACAGUCAUUUUGAAUGACUUCUUCAUUGUCGCCUGCCUCAACGAAUUCGUGGAGGAUGCGCGUCUGAUGAUCUUCGAAACAUUCUGUCGCAUCCAUCAGUGCAUCACCAUAAGCAUGCUCGCUGACAAGUUGAAUAUGAAGCCCAACGAGGCCGAAUGCUGGAUUGUCAACCUUAUACGUAAUGCUCGUCUCAAUGCAAAGAUCGAUUCGAAACUUGGCCACGUCGUAAUGGGUACACAGCCACUAAGUCCUUAUCAGCAGCUGGUGGAGAAGAUUGACUCGCUGUCCAUGCGCUCAGAGCAUUUGGCGGGUCUGAUUGAACGCAAGAGCAAACAAAAGAAUCAAGAAUCCAUUGACUCCUGGAAGUACUAUUAAGCAUAAGAUAAACUCGUAUUUUUUGUAUUUCAAAACGCCGGCAAUUAUGCCAAUAACGAUUUGUAGAAAACCAAUGUUACGCCACAUGGCGCGAAUAAAACAACAUCUCUAUUCGCA